GGCUUUUUCUCAGUAUGUGUGGAAGCAACGAAGUAACUAGGUCCUCUCUCGGUGGAAGACCGCGGUCCGAGCGACAGCCCGUCUCUCUGCUCUUACCUUACUCGCCCAACUCAAGUACCAUGGAGGAAUCGAGUAGUUGACAUUUCCUGCUGCAGCCUUUCUCUUUUUAAGCUUUCUUCCCGUCAGAUCAUUGUGCCCCAGGCCCGGUUUUUAUUGACGUUUCCAGCUCCCGGCGACUGACUCAAGCUUCUCCCACCCGACAUCAUGAAGUACAUCAUCGGCAUUGGCGGAGUCACCAACGGAGGGAAAACCACCCUCACCAACCGACUGAUCCAGACCCUUCCCAACUGCUGUGUGGUCCACCAGGAUGACUUCUUCAAGCCCCAAGAUCAGAUUGAAGUUGGUGAAGAUGGCUUUAAGCAGUAUGAUGUCAUCACUGCUCUGGAUAUGGACGCCAUGAUGAGCACCAUCUACGCAUGGCUGGAGAAUCCGGUGAAGUUCGAGAAGUCCCACGGCGUUAACAACACCCUGGACACGGAGAUUAUCCCGAAGUCUGACCGCAGCGAGGAUGAGGUUCACAUCCUCAUUGUGGAGGGCUUUCUGCUUUACACCUAUCAGCCUUUGAUCGACGUGCUUAACCGGCGAUACUUCAUCUCUAUCCCCUAUGAAGAAUGCAAAAAGAGGAGGUGCUCAAGGAACUACAAGGUGCCAGACCCACCCGGUCUGUUUGACGGCCACGUCUGGCCCAUGUAUAAGAAACACACAAAAAUCAUGGAGGAAUCAGAUGUUGACGUCUUGCAGCUAGAUGGAACCAUGUCCAAGGAGCAGUUGUUCAACUUUGUGUAUGGCGACAUCCAGAAUAAAAUCCACAAAUCUCUCUAACAAAGGUCAUCUGAUCGGCUAAGGAAACCAUGUACUCGACGUGCAGGCAGAAGACCGGCUUGCCUUAAAUUUAUUUUUACCUGACAGUUUUAAUUGACUGACAAGAUUUUUUUUUUUUUUUUUACACAUAUAUAAAAUGCUUUAAUGCAUACAAUGUUGGCAUGACUUUUUUUAUCCGUCAUAUUUAUUGCUUUGUUACAGCCUACACUCCAAAAAAGAGCUAAUUGAAAUGUUCAAGAGAUGGUUGCACUAUGAGGCAUGUGUCAAUAAAUGAUUCUUCUGCCAAC